CAAUGGUGAUUGGUGAGUAGUGAACUAUAGUAAAGAACUGUAUAAAAAAAGACGAAUAAAGUUAUUGAAGCAAAAUAUUACAAUUCACCAUUACACAACAAUAAUUUCGAAGUUCCAAAUGUACACAAUAGAAUAUACAUAUAAUAAUUUAGAAAUGUGAAACGGAUCGCGUACUAAGACGCUUUUUGACAUUUACCUACCAACAACUACAAUAAGCGGAAAAUUUGUUUUGAGAAACGUUAAUAUAACGUUAUGCAUUGAUUUCAAAAAUAAUAACAAUUAUUAUUCAAUAUUCCGCAUUUUUUCAAGGUAGCUUAGUGGCUUGUAACCUUAGAUCAUAACAUCAUUAUACUAUGCGAGCUUGUAACAGUCGUGGGUAACAAGACUUGUUCCUACUCCGUUCCUAUACAUAAUAUUUUUAUCUACUUACCCCACCUUUAAAUCAACAAUCAGAGUAAUAUGUCAAAGUUUUGUUUUAUGUUGUAAUUUUACUUGCGUGUUGUUUGCUUUCAUAAAGAAACCGACUCGUGACCUACUCACUUGCAAUGGCUGCACAUAGAAAGGAAAAACAGGAAAAGGUUUAUGUAAAGAAAAUCCGUCCAUCAAAAAAACCAAAAACUUCCAAUCCUUGUAACUGUUUUUCGUUUGUAAUUUCAGUUCUUCGAUUUAUUUAUGACUUUAUGGUGUCAUUUAUAUUUAACUGUGUUUACAAAAAUUCACCUUCAAAAAAAUUGCCUCCUGUGGAGGAUCUAUUGGUUCUCGACAGUUGUACAACUAUUGUCAAUAAAAUUAAAAAUAAAGAAGUUUCAUGUCGCCAUGUUGUAGAAUGUUUUAUCAAACGAAUUGAACAAGUGAACCCGAUAUUAAAUGCUGUGGUUGACACACGAUUUGACAAAGCAUUAGUUGAAGCUGAUGAAUAUGAUAAACUUAUUGAACUAGCUGAUACAGAAGAAAAAAUUAAUUUAAUUUUUGAUGGCAAACCUUUAUUUGGCAUUCCAUUUACAUCUAAAGAAAGUACAGCAGCUAAAGGAAUGGCUUGGACUUUAGGUCUAGUAUCUAGAACUGGCAUAAAAAGCAAUGACGAUGCAGAGGUUGUCAAAUCAUUAAAGACUGCUGGUGCAAUACUCUUAGGUGUUACAAAUGUCCCAGAAAUAAACCUUUGGUGUGAAACUAGAAAUAAUGUUUAUGGGCAAACAAAUAACCCUUACAACACAAAUCAUUCAGCCGGUGGUUCUUCUGGUGGGGAAGCUAGUAUAGUGUCAGCAUGUGGCAGUCCCUUGGGUCUUGGAACGGAUAUUGGAGGAUCUGCUCGUAUACCCGCAUUUAAUUGUGGUUUAUUUGGGCAUAAGUUGACUACAGGUUUUAUAAAUACAAAAGGUAUGACAUUUAGAAAAGGCACGGAAAAACAAACCAUGGUCAGUGCAGGACCUAUUACUAAAUAUGCUGAAGAUCUAACUCCAGUAAUUAAAGCUUUUCUUGGACCUGAAAAAUCUUUGGAAUUGAAAAUCGGCCAAGAAGUUGAUUUGUCUAGUUUGAAAUAUUACUAUGUUGAUAAGCCCAAUGAUGCACGAGUCAGUCCCAUUAGCGAUGAAUUACAAAUAGUUUUAGAUCAUGUUAUUGAGUCUAUAACUUCCAUCACUGAACUGCCUCCCCUUAAAGUCAAAUUUUCAGGUACUCGUUAUUGCUAUAGCUUGUGGAGACACGCUAUGACAAAGGAAGAAUCAGAUUUUCGUGCAACAUUGGGAAACAAUCAAACUAGAGUUUCUGUAUGGUCAGAAGUCCCAAAAACAAUUGUAGGACGUUCAAAUCAUUCUUUGGCUGCAGUAUUAAAAUUAAUAGAUUUACAACUACCAAAAGUAAAUGCAGUUUGGGCUGAUGCUGAAAUUGAAAAACUUUCAAAUGAAAUAUCGACAUUGUUGGGUGAUGAUAGUGUGUUAUUUUUUCCUUCGUCUCCAACCACAGCUAAACGUCAUUUUGAGCCAUUCUUGCAUCCAUACAAUUUCGCUUACUGGGCUAUUUUCAACGUGCUGAAGCUACCAGUUACCCAAGUGCCACUCGGUUUAGGUCUAAAUGGUUUACCAUUAGGAAUACAGGUGGUUGCCGGAAUGAAUCAAGAUCGGUUGUGUGUAGCUGUUGCAAAACACUUGGAAACACAAUUUGGCGGAUGGAAACCUCCUUUUACAACAAGUACUGCGAUAAAUUAAAAAUAUAUUUGAGAAUUUUUGAUCAUAUAAGUUUUAUUUUUUGGUUUGAGGAAAUAUUUUUAUAUAAUGUUAUACUUAAGUUAGAAAAAAAGCUACUUUUGGUUACCAAUAAAUUGUGAUAUUUAUGUGGAAUAAUUGGUAUGUUGUGAUGAUUUUAUAUUACUAUGUUUAUCGUUGUAAUAUUAUAUUUUUUUUAUAUCGUAAACAUUGUAUACAUUCCAAACACUAAAUGUUGGACUUUUUUUGUAAUAAUAUUAAUAAUUUUAACUUUUGUUACUUGUACAAUAUAAUGAACAGUAAAACCUCGAUUUAUAGACGAUAUCCAACCACUAAAAACUCCACAAUGCAUAAGUUUUUAAUUUAUUUACAGUAAAAAAUAUGUAUAUUUUAAUCUCUUAUUAGUGGUUGCCUUUGUGUGGCAAAUUUAUUCUCAAAUAAUUUUUCUUUAUUUGUAUAGAGGUUUCACUGUUAAUAUAUAUUUUUUCUAACAUGGGCCAAGGCUAUUACUACAAUACUGAAUAUCUUAUUAUAUUAUUUUACAUAACCAUACAAAUGUUAUCUUAAUCUCAAUUCUUUUCAACUUGUCUGGUUAUCUUAAACCUAUAAUACUAUUUGUAUUACCACUUGUAUAAAUACAAUACAUUAAAUUACUUUUUA